AUGAAUACAGUGUUGUCGCGAGCGAACUCGCUGUUCGCUUUCUCACUGAGCGUCAUGGCGGCGCUCACCUUGGGCUGCUUCGUAACCACCGCCUUCAAAGACAGGUGCGUACCGGUGCAGCUGCAGGUUUCCCGGAUCCUGCUAAAAAACAUAGAAGACUUCACUGGACCCAGACGAAGAAGUGACUUGGGACUUCUUACGUUCCAUAUAACUGCAGAUCUGGAGAAGACAUUUGACUGGAACGUCAAGCAAUUGUUUCUCUAUUUAUCAGCAGAAUACUCCACAAAAUACAAUGCUGUGAAUCAAGUGGUCCUCUGGGACAAGAUUGUCCUGAGAGGUGACAAUCCAAAGCUUCAGGUGAAAGAUAUAAAAACGAAAUAUUUUUUCUUUGACGACGGAAAUGGCCUCAAGGGAAACCCGAAUGUCACUUUGACCCUAUCUUGGAAUGUCGUGCCAAUUGCUGGGAUUCUCCCUCUUGUGACAGGAUCAGGACAUGUGUCCGUCCCAUUUCCAGAUGCAUAUGACAUAAUGAAGACUUACUAA